CCUGUGAGGACACUGGUGACAAGAUACUGCUUGUGGGACGUAUCAUGGGGCACAAUUCCAAAACUAAAUGUACUGAGAAAAGAGAAAAAUGCCGGAGUUUUCAAAGGAGACUUCCCACUUGCUCUGAAAAAGUCACUACAGGCCUGCCUACUUUCUUCCUGCAGCAGCAAGACAGAGAUCCAACAAGUGUUGCCUCCAUGGAACCACGUGGAAGAAGAUACAUUCCUUAUGCUAUCCCAUCCCAUCGUCAGAGAACCUACUCAAACAAACAAAACAAAACCCAAGGGAAGGUGAUGGAAAGUCAAAACCCCCCAGAGAGAAGAAAGCAGAAGACUGAGCAGGAUGUGAACUUUGGGAACUGGUUCAAGGUCACAAUUCCAUUUGGCAUAAAAUAUGAUGAGGAGUGGCUGCUAAAUUUGAUUCAGAGCCAAUGCAGUGUCCCUUUCACUCCAGUCGAGUUCCGCUAUGAGAAAAUGCAAGCCCAGUUCUUUGUCAACAAUGCCAGCACUGCCUUUGAACUGAAGAUGAUCAGUGACAAGCUUUUGGACAACAAUAAUGAAAGGAUCUCAAUCUUUAUCAGCACAUCUGAUGUACCUCACUCUCUGCAGAAGGAGCUAAAGUCAGAAAAGGUGGAACAGGUAAAGCCAAGAAUGAAGAAAGGAUAUGAUGCCUCCCAGCAAGAUCUUAACAUCCAGAGUAACUCCUUUGACCAAGAUUUAGUGACUUAUUAUACAAAAAUGAUACCACUGAACCCUGGAAAGUACGUGAUUACUACUUUGCCUACUCAUGAAGAGAACAUAUCCAAGAUUUUGUCCUUGAACUUGUUCCACAAAACCUAGCUGGUUGGACUGCUUGAUGCUAAGCGAAUGGCCUCCAG